CGGGCGCGGGCGCGGGCGGAGGCGGCGCGGUCCGCGAGGUGCUGGUGGAUUCACUUUUCCCAGAGUCCGGGGCGGCAGGAGCCGGAGCCCGAGCCUGAGUGGAAGGACGCGGGAGCCGCGGGAGCCAGAGCGGGGCUAGAGCGAGCGAGGGAGGAGCGAGGGUGCGCGAGGGAGCGCAGCUGGGCACUGGGGUCCGGCUCUUCGUAAGUCCGCGGCUGGCGGACACCCCGCCUCCUCGUCCUCCUCGUCCUCCUCCUCCUCGUCCUCCUCGCCCGCGGGGAUCAGCACAAGACAGCGACCUGCGCGCACUGCCCCCCGGCCCAGCGUCUAAUAUGUCCACCGAAGGGCAAAGAGUUGAUGACAGCCCCAGUACUAGUGGAGGCAGUUCUGAUGGAGAUCAGCGUGAAGGGGUGCAGCAGGAGCAAGAGAGAGAGCAAGUUCAACCCAAGAAAAAGGAAGGCAAGAUCUCUAGCAAGACCGCUGCGAAACUGUCAACCAGUGCAAAAAGAAUUCAGAAAGAACUUGCAGAAAUUACAUUGGAUCCUCCUCCGAACUGCAGUGCUGGACCCAAAGGAGACAACAUUUAUGAAUGGCGGUCAACCAUCUUGGGACCCCCAGGAUCUGUCUAUGAAGGAGGAGUUUUCUUUCUUGACAUUACCUUCUCACCUGACUACCCGUUUAAGCCACCUAAGGUUACAUUUCGGACAAGAAUCUAUCACUGUAAUAUUAACAGCCAAGGAGUGAUCUGUCUGGACAUUCUAAAGGAUAACUGGAGUCCAGCCCUCACCAUUUCUAAGGUUCUUCUCUCCAUCUGCUCACUUCUCACAGAUUGCAACCCUGCUGACCCCCUGGUGGGAAGCAUCGCCACCCAGUACAUGACCAACAGAGCAGAACACGACAGAAUGGCCAGGCAGUGGACCAAGAGAUACGCGACAUAGGAGCCCCCGCGGCUUCUGGACGGACCUCUCCGCAAGCACAUUCACCAAGUGCAUCAAUAAGCCCUCCCUCCUUUGUGGUCUUAUUUUUAUGACAUUUUGAACCAUUUUGUGACAAGAUUUUGCCCUUUCUUUCUUUUUAUUAUUUUUAUUUUAUUUCCCCCCUUUUUUCCUCAGUUCUAUUAACUUGAAAGUUGUUUCCCCUCCAAGUAAACGGGAAUGUUUUGGUUUUGGUUUGUUUUUUGUUGGUUUGUUUUAUUUCAGUGCAAAGAAUGUUGGAUCAGUAAUAGUAUAGAGCUUUGUCACAAAGCUUUGUAUUCAUGUGUGGUUUUUUUUUUCCUUUUAUGUGGUCUUUGGGAAAACAAAACAAAUUCAGAAUUAUAUCUCGUUUCUACUUCAAUGUAGUGUUUAGGGUUAAUUUUUUUUGUACUGAAGUCUUUAAUGGCGGGUGCAUGCUACUGGGAACAAGUUUUGUAUAAAGGCUUAAAUUCAAGAAUCACUGUGCAUUACUGAGACUCUGUUUAUCACUAGCCUUCUGUCUCCCGCACAAAAGGCUAUUGGGUUGAACAAAAUAAUAUGUAUUUUGAUUUACUUAAAGUGCUUGUAAAUUUCUUAGGGACCUGCCACUUUUGACUGUGGAACAGUUGAUGUACACUUGUAUUAUGAGCGCACUCAAUAAAACACUGUGGCGGAUUCACGCA